AUGCGAAAGGGGCUUCCCCAGGCUUCGCUUCAUUUCCGUCCGCCUCGUCGUCUGUUCUUCGCGGAGCCGUCGGCGGCGUGGGGGGCGCUGCUCGCCGACGCCGUUCCCCUCUGCGGGGCGGCCGCCGUCGUCUGCCCGGCGCGGUCGACCCCACGCGGGGUGGAGGAAAUGGGGAAACGCGCGCGCGCCCACCUCCCGCACGCGCGACUCUUCCAACUCCGCGCGAGAUCCCCACCAGGCGGGCCACCGGGGCCUGCCCCCUCACCCCCAUGGACCCCUUCCGCGUCGGCUUCGGCUUCGCCUUCUUCCUUGUCUUCGGCUUUGUCCUCUUCCUCUUCCUGUCCCACUUCCUUAUCGUCUUCGUCUUCUUCCUUGUCUUCCUCUUCGUCUUUGGCUUCUUCCUUGUCUUCGGCUUUGGCUGCUCUGCCGGCGCGGGUCUCGGCUGUGACACCGGCGCCGUCGGCGUACGACACGCCCGGGCUGGACGGGAUGCCGCCGGGGUCGCUCGACCUAAUCGUCUUCCUCGGGAACGUCUUCGGGGCGGAGAUGCGAGGGGAUGCGGCGUGGCAUUUAUCGCGGGCCUAUCGCGUGUUGCGCGGGGAUGGGGUGCUCGCGAUUGUGGGGUAUUCCCCAUGGCUGCGGGUGGUCGCGCCGGGAUGGGCGGCCGAGGACGCGGCCGAUUACCAACGCGAACUUCUCGCGGGGUGUGAAGCGGCGGGCCGUGAGGGGGCCGCCGGCGAUGCCGCCCACGAGGAGGCGUCUUUUCGCCUGCACGAAAUGCGGCGGGAGCUGGAGAGCCUGGAGAGUGCGCGGGUGGGGCAUUCGGAUGUGUUUUUUCCCUUUCGCGCGGUCCGACGGCGGUGGUUUGAUUCGGAAUACGCGAUGCAUCCGGCGGAUGUGGUGGAUGCGUUUCGCACGAUACGUCUUAACGACCUCCUCUACGGCGAAACGACGGAGGUGGAGGCGCCGCCGUGGGGCGUGGGCUCUUCCACUACCCCUUCGCUCAACCCACCUUCCGGUGAGGGGGCGGAUUCUCUGGGGGAUUCGGAUUUUGUGAAUCUCCCGCUUCAUGACGCGGGGGAUCCUUUAUAUGGUUUUUACCAUCCAGAGGAUCAACCUAUUUUGAACGUGCGUCGCCGACGAAGUCUAAUCGAUCCUCUGGAGGCAUUGGAGCAUUGCUGGAAUGUCCGGCUAGCGCUCACGGAUGGCGAUUUUUCUCCUCAUCAAAGACGAAAGACGGGGUUGGAAAUGCCGCCGCUGCGUGUACAGGUUAAGCACUUUGUGAUAACCUUAUCCAAUCGUAGUAUGAACGAGGUGCCGCAAUCGGAGGACUCACCUCGUCUAUUACUCAAGUUCUCGUCGAAAAGUUUACGAUAA